AUGAAGAGCGGAUGCAGCAUCUUUGUUGGGAACAUAGACUUCGAGGUUCCGGAAGAACGCAUAAUAGAGGAACUUGGGGCUGUGGGGAGAGUUGUUAGCUUCCGAAUGGUCUAUGACAAGACGACAGGAAAGUCUAGGGGGUUUGGAUUCUGUGAGUAUGAAUCCCCGCUGAUUGUGGAAAAAGCACUGCAGAAUCUGAAGAUAUCGUUCAAUGGAAGGCCAGUAAAGAUAAAUUAUGCCGAAAAUGACAUGCCUGCAAAGUCUAAAGAGCCCGAUAGCCAAGUUCCAGAAAUAGAUAAUCUUAUCAAUGUACUGGAUGCAAUGGACAAAGACAAUCUAAAGGAGGUCCUCUUUUAUUUGAGAAAGCUAGCCUUGGACCAACCAUCAUAUCUAAGGGAGCUUUUGAAUAAGAAUUCGAGUCUUGUCUACGCAAUCAUCCAUGCUGCACUCAAGCUUAAGCUGGUGGAUCCAGGCGCUGUAGAUGAGAUCUUGAAAGAAUCCUUUGAUCUUAACAAGCAGAAGCUGCAGGUUCUAGAAAGAAUAUGCACAAUCUCCGAGGACGAUUUAUGCUUCUUCCCGGAAGAUGUAAGAAGUAAAAUUAAGAAAGUAAGGGGUAUGGUAUUAAAAUCCAGAGCAGAUAAAUAA